AUUAUAUAAUUUUCAUUUUUUUUUUUUAAUAAUAAAAGUACUUUCUUUUAUUGCGUGUAUAAAAAAUUAUACAGUUAAUUUUCGUACAGUGAUUUUAAGUGAUAAAUAGUGAUCAAUUGAGUUUUUUUUUUUCUUUAAUUUCACAAAAUUGUGACAAGUGUAUUUUGAAAUUAAAAUUAAAAAAAAAAAAUGAUGGAUACUAAAAUGGAACCAUUAACACCACCACAUACACCACCAUCGGGUAUACCACAUAUACAAUCACCACCAAGAUGGAUUAGAAAUCAAAUACCUGGACAUCAUCAAUUACAACAAUCACAUCCAACAAAUAAUUAUCAUGCUGCAUUUUUUGAUCAUUGGUUACGUGGUGCUGCAAUGAUGGCUGCUAGAAAUUGUUGUCCAACAACAUCACCACAUCAUUCACAUUUACAACAACAACAACAGCAUCAUCAACAGCAACAUCAUCAACAACAACAACAUCAUCAUCAUCAUACAAUACAUCCUGGACUUGGUGUACCACCACCAGCAUCAUUUUUAACACGAAGAUUACCUGGACAAAGACCAAAAAAACAAUUUAUUUGUAAAUUUUGUAAUCGUCAUUUUACUAAAUCUUAUAAUUUAUUGAUACAUGAAAGAACACAUACUGAUGAGAGACCAUAUUCUUGUGAUAUUUGUGGUAAAGCAUUUAGAAGACAAGAUCAUCUUCGUGAUCAUCGAUAUAUUCACAGCAAAGAAAAACCAUUUAAAUGUAAUGAAUGUGGAAAAGGAUUUUGUCAAAGUAGAACACUUGCUGUACAUAAAAUUCUUCAUAUGGAAGAAUCACCACAUAAAUGUCCAGUUUGUGCUAGAAGUUUUAAUCAACGUAGUAAUUUAAAAACACAUUUAUUAACACAUACUGAUGUACCACAAGAUCUUCGUGUUGAUACACAAUUAACAACAGAUUCAAUAAAUUCAGUUAGACAAGUUACAAGUACGACAACUGAAAUUACAAUGCCAAGUGUUAAAACAACAACGAUACCAAGAAAAUUAGGUUUCAGCAUUGAAGAUAUUAUGAGACGUUAAUAUAUUAUAUAAUAGUAGAGUAUUAUUUUUUUCAAUUUAAACAAUAACAAGUUUCUUAAUUUGAAUUUAUUUCAAAUUUUUUGACAACGAUUCAAGUGAUAAUUUUUUUAGAUCACAAUCUGUAUAUAUUAGAUAGUUUUCUUUUUGUUUAAUUUUUUUUUUUUCUCUUAAAUAUUUAUUACUAAAAUAAACUAGAAAAAGAAGAAGAAAAAAAAAAAAACAUCUGCAGGUAUUUGAAUAAGAAAAUUUUCUGGGACAAUUGAAAAUGCUAAAGAGUUUUUAGAUGAUGAUUAUCUGAGGUGCGAAAGAAACACAAUUUAGUUCUGAAUUGACAGUUUGGGUUUAACUGAUGGACCAUUAAAUUCAUAAAACAUAUUGUCGACUUAAAAAAUUAGGUUUUUUAAAUCAGAUAAAAUGUAUUUUUAUUUGUCAUGUAUAUUUUAUUAUAUUUUUUUAUUUUUCAACAGUUUAUUUUUUAUUAUCUUUUUUUUUUUUUUUUUGGGUUUUCCUGUUUCUUGAGUUAGCUGUAAAUAUUAGUCGCACCCUUAACAUACGAAAAACAAAGAGCAUAAAAUAAAUAAAAAGAAAAAAAAAAAAAAAGGUCGUGUUGGACCACCCAUACUGUUACUUAGGGGCCUUAUUUCAAUCGUCAUUUUGUCUAUUAUUUUUAUUUUGAUUCACAAUCUUUUUAUCAGUAUAAAUGAGAAGCUUUUAGUCCUCAG